CCGGGCAAAAGUUCAUACGUGUAGUCGAGGCGUGGAACACCUGGCACUACACACAGGUAAAAUGAUUCUCUUCAUUUCAACUAUACAUGCUACUAUCGUUUCAUAGGAAAUACACUAUUCCGUCCAGAAUGAAGAUCACGAAAACCAUUUGUCAGACAGUGGUCGGAUUAUCGAUGCUAGUGGUCAUUGUACAGAAUGCUUCCAUGCGUUCACGAGCAGGCCUUUGUCCUCAUCCGCUUUUGGCUCAGCGAAAUUGGUCAUCAAGAUGCCUGUCCGAUUGUGCGCACGAUUACCAUUGUAAGCCGUACCAGAAGUGCUGCUCCUAUGAUUACUGUGCCAGCUGUAUCGACAUUAUACCAAAGUGUGGCAGUCACGUGGACCGUACGUCACAUCCGCCAGGAGCGGGAAAGUGUUUUUCUCAGUGUGACCUUGACAAUCCUUGCCCCCUAGGCGAGGCGUGCUGUAGAGACGGAUGUAAAAGUUAUUGUUAUGGACCUUUUAAAAACUAUCUACAGCCGGUAAUAAAUGAUUAGCAAUAUAGAUAAA